AUGUUACUGUGGGUAGUAUGGCUUUCUUGGCUUCUUUCACUUCAAGGAUAUUGAUUGUUCACUUGAACUGUGUUAUUGCUGUUCACAUCUAAUGGCCACGAUGGUAGUCUUCCCUGCCUAGUGACUGAGUGACGAGUCAGAUUGCCACCUCCUUGUCUCUGCAGCUGUGCUCUGCCAGAGGCCCUAUAAAGCAUUGUGUUGGUGCAGCUUACCCACCUGCCAGACCAUCUAAAGCCCAUCCAAGUAGGAGAGCUACCAGCUGGGAAAUAAUGUAGAUCUCAGUCAUGCCAACCCCGUAGGGCCAGAGCCAGUGGCAUCCGACAGGGUGCACCCACAACACCAGUCUUUUUUUGGAACACACAGCUGACUGUUGCCUGUGUUGAGAUAUUGUAUGUGUGUGACUGACUGACUGUAUCUCUUCCUCUUCUCCCCCAGAUCCCAUCUAAUGCCUAGGCUGAAGGAAUCACGGUCUCACGAGUCGUUGUUCAGCCCCAGCAGUGCAGUAGAAGCUUUUGAUCUCAGCAUGGAGGACGAGGUGUUGAUCAAACCGGUGCACAGCAGCAUCCUGGGCCAGGACUACUGCUUCGAGGUGAGCCCUCCCAGCAGCACCACCACUGCCUCUGAUGACUGCCGCAGCUCAAGGCUCGCGAACCGCAGACUCUUUUUAAUAGCAUCUCUUAGGAUCCUAAAGCACUGUAUAUAAUGCAUUGUGUCUAAUCUACUCUUCAUUUCAUCGCCAUUACCUAUGUCUGAAAACCUGCAUAAUACAAGGUGGGCGGGUCCCUCAAUGUCUGUCAAGCAGUCAGUGCCAUUGGGUAGGUUGAGUGUGUGGCUGGGAAUCUGCUAGGGAGCGUCCCCACUGCCAGGAGGGUCUCCCUGCCCCCUCUUCCUGCCUGGUAGUGGCCUGUGUGUCUGUCUGGCCCAUCUGUUGGCAUCUCCAUGCUCCUGCUCUCUGUGAAUUUGCUCCGAGAGGUGAGCUCCGAGAGGGCCCCAUUCACAAGGAUUUACUGCCUAUUAUGCUAAAGCACGCUGCCAGCUGGACAGAUCAUGGCUCUGUGACCGAGUGGACAAGCGUUUCUCUCAUGAUCAAGUGCAAGAGGAUUUCAAUGGCUGUCCAGGCUCAGUGUUACGUAUGCAUUGUAUCAUUGUGCACAGACCCUGCAGCCCAGUUGGCACGUGUGUGUGUUCUACCCAACCCUGCUUUCAUAUGGGUCUUUUUCAUUAUCUAUAACCUAAAGGGAAGGGCUUAAUUGUCUGCCAUACUUCACAGGUAACCACUUCCACUGGAACAAAAUGCUUUUCGUGUCGGUCAUCCGCCGAGAGGGACAAAUGGAUGGAGAACUUAAGGAGAGCUGUAAAUCCAAACAAGGUAAACUCUAUGCAAGUAGUGGGCCCUCUGUGUAAGGAAAUAGCAUUACAGUAGAACACAUGUCAGAGCACCCAUGAAAAUGUUGCUGUUUGAAGUCUCACGUUUGAUGUUUUUCACAGGACAACAGUUGGCGUGUAGAGAACCUGCUGAAAUUGUGGAUUAUUGAGUCCAAGGACCUUCCAGCCAAGAAAAGGUACUUCUGUGAGUUGUGUCUGGACGACACGCUUUACGCACGGACUACCUGCAAACUGAAAACAGACAAUGUGUUCUGGGGAGAGCACUUUGAGUUCAACAACUUACCUGCCAUCAAAAGUGUCACUGUCCACCUGUACAAGGAGACGGACAAAAAGAAAAAGAAGGACAAGAACAGCUAUGUGGGCCUUGUCAACAUUCCCACCGGCGCCGUCACAGGACGCCAGUUUAUGGAAAAGUGGUACUCUGUGAGCACGCCCAACCCGAACAAAGGGAAAACGCCCGGACCUAUGAUUCGGCUCAAGUUGCGGUACCAGAGCAUGAGCAUCCUGCCUAUGGAGUUAUAUAAAGAGUUUGCAGAGUACAUUACCAAUAACUACAUGCUGAUGUGCUCCAUUAUGGAGCCUGGCCUCAGUGUGAAGAACAAGGAGGAGAUGGCCAGUGCCCUGGUGCACAUCCUACAGAGCACCGGCAAGGCUAAGGUAAGGCACCCUACUCUCCAGAGGCUGUGUUGUGUUCUCCACAUGUACAUUUUCAAAUGAUAGUCCAAAAUAGUCACAUUGCCAAAUGUCAACAAUAAACACGAAUUGGAUCAAAUUGAUAUUUGCAAGAAAUCGUAUUGUAAUCAUUACAGCUGUGAGGGCUUUGAUUACUCACAAUCAGUGAUACCAUUGUCUCAAAUAACCAACAAUCAACAUAAUCUCAGCUGCAUAUUGCCCACAGUAGCUGCAUAAGGUAAAGGGGUUUAAAGGUCCAGUGAGCCUCAUUUUUCACCAUAGGCUUUGUAACUUAGCCUUUGGGAGUCCUCCUUCCCCAUGAUUACUGUAAGCAGUCUCCUGGAAGAAUGAGAAUGCUUCCUGUUUGGGUUGGGAGCAGGGUCGUGUUCAUGAGGAGUCAAAUGGAAGAAAACAAACGGAAACACGAACGGACUACCUGCCGCAUUUUCGUUUUCCAUUGCAAAACGCUUUAGAACAUUUUCCAUUGUGUUCCCUAAUGAAUGCAACCCAGCCUUCACAUGCUGUGGAAAAAUGACUGAAACCACCCCUGCUUAGAGUGGGUGAUUGGGGGGACUGAUGACAAGAUAUUGUAUAAGUACUUUCUAAUGAGGACUGGCUGAGAGAGGACUUGCGUACACUGACUGACAUGGCUGAAAAAGCAAACCUGCUGCUAAUACCGCACAAUGUUGCAUUUGAAACAAUGGCAUAGACCAUUUCAAUACAGUCCCUUUCUUUCACCACUUGCCAUACAUUAGGCUAUGUGGUAAACUGUCCUUCUCUUAUUCAGAGAAUCAAUACAUGCCAUUGAGGGGUUGUUUGUUUUGAUGUUUUUGAAACAACAGUAAAAUCUAUCUGCUGUAUGGAAAUGAGAAAUCUGGCCGAACUCCACACAACAUAAUCUCCCCUACUAUAGCGAGAGAUGGGUCAUCAUGUCUUUAUCCACAUUCCAUCUUUAUUGCACAUUGUGCAGACCAUCAAAUCUCACCACGCCUGGAGAAGUGUUUCACUUCUCAGGAGCCACAUGAAUGUGAUCUAGUAGCAAUCAAUGCUGUAUCUCAUAUUUACAUUUUAGUCAUUUAGCAGACGCUCUUAUCCAGAGCGACUUACAGUUAGUGAUUACAUUUUUUUUUUUUAUACUGGCCCCCCGUGGGAAUCGAACCCACAACCCUGGCGUUGCAAACGCCAUGCUCUAUCAACUGAGCUACAUCCCUGCCGGCCAUUCCCUCCCCUACCCUGGACGACGCUGGGCCAAUUGUGCGCCGCCCAUGAGUCUCCCGGUCGCGGCCGGCUGCGACAGAGCCUGGAUUCGAAACCAGGAUCUCUAGUGGCACAGUUAGCACUGCGAUGCAGUGCCUUAGACCACUGCGCCACUCAGGAGUAUGAAUGUGGUUGUGACCUGGUACAAAGCCACUAUGCUGUCUUCUCGCUCACCAUUCCCAGGGAGGAAAGCAGUGUCAGCCCCCUGUGAUAAUUAGCUUUGUCAUCCUCAUUAAUUCCUGCUUCGCUCCAUCCACUCUCCUGCUCCUGUAAUAAAACCAUGCAGUGAGACAGAACGUGUGUUCUGGUGCACAAGGUCAUCAGUUGUCAUUGAGGAUAGCUGUUUCAGCACAGAAAUGUCUCUUUAGACUUUUGACCCUCAAACGUUGCUGCUGCUAUGUAACAAUACUGUGAGAAUGUCCAUGCCCCACAGCAGCUUCUCUUAGCAAAAACAGCAACAGGGCGAUGGAGCUUCAUUAAACAACCUUUCUCUAAUGUUAGCCUACUUUCUGCUCUGAGAAACAAGUGGGACUUUGCCUCAUUUUGCAUCUAUCCACUGCCCCGUAGUGGCUCACACCCCCUCCCUCUCAUUGAAUUGAAUUUAAUUUCACUGUUUAGCCUGCCCUAAUCCAAUUGAUGGAUAGAUAGGGGUCCAUGGCUCUAUGCUUUCACUCAGGUUUCUCCUAAUCUAGAGGCCUUCUGUCAUCAAAUGGAUCUCUCUCUUUAAUUUAAUUUGAUUGAAAUGACCGUGGCUGUCGGCUUCAACUUAAAGGGUUGUUCCACCUCAAAAAGCACGAGUAAGAGGAUUUUGACACUCACCAUCUCAGAUUGUUCUGAAAUUGUUUCUGUAGUUAGAAAGCUGAAAACAUUAGCAUUCCUGCAACUUUAUUUUGUUAAGUUCCCUAGCAAGAAAAUCAAAAAUUGUCGCUCAAACAGAAAGCGGAACUAAGAAAGAGUCACUGACAACAACCAAAACUAAACAGGUGGGGUUUUAGGAGGGGUUCUUUUAAAGACAAUCAUGGGGGUGUCCACUGAAAGCAACAGCAACUGGGACCUAAAAGACACCCACCAUGAGUGCCCACUACAUUUGGUCAAGAAAUUAAAACCCACACCAAACUUAAAGACAGGAAGCAAACCAAAAAGUGGAGCAAAACGAAAACAAGGAAGGUCAGAUAAAGGAUUGUUUUUCUAGAAAUCAAAUGGGGAGAGCCAACUAAAGGUGUUAACCCUCCACAUCUCUCAAGACAACUGGAGCACUGGGCCAGCCACUCUUAAAUAUCACCUGGGCCAGCACCUCUGUAGCUCAAUUGGUAGAGCAUGGCGCUUGUAACGCCAGGGUAGUGGGUUCGAUCCCCGGGACCACCCAUACGUAAAAAUGUAUGCGCACAUGACUGUAAGUCGCUUUGGAUAAAAGCGUCUGCUAAAUGGCAUAUUAUUAUGACAAUCCAGCACAGGUAUAACACAUACUGACUAACGAGGUGACACCAAUCGGUGCAUCCCACGUGCUAAUGUGCUAACGUCCAACCUCAAAAUAUAAAUAGAAAAACCAAAGCCUGUAACACAAUCCACCAUACUUCAAUGGCUAAUUUCUCUGAACAGGGGGAAAAAAACAUCACAAAAUUUACUGGGAAUACGUUACAUACAGUGGGGAGAACAAGUAUUUGAUACAAUGCCGAUUUUGCAGGUUUUCCUACUUACAAAGCAUGUAGAGGUCUGUAAUUUUUAUCAUAGGGACACUUCAACUGUGAGAGACGUAAUCUAAAAUAAAAAAUCCAGAAAAUCACAUUGUAUGAUUUUUAAGUAAUUAAUGUACAUUUUAUUGCAUGACAUAAGUAUUUGAUACAUCAGAAAAGCAGAACUUAAUAUUUGGUACAGAAACCUUUGUUUGCAAUUACAGAGAUCAUACGUUUCCUGUAGGUCUUGACCAGGUUUGCACACACUGCAGCAGAGAUUUUGGCCCACUCCUCCAUACAGACCUUCUCCAGAUCUUUCAGGUUUUGGGGCUGUCGCUGGGCAAUAUGGACUUUCAGCUCCCUCCAAAGAUUUUCUAUUGGGUUCAGGUCUGGAGACUGGCUAGGCCACUCCAGGACCUUGAGAUGCUUCUUACGGAGCCACUCCUUAGUUGCCCUGGAUGUGUGUUUCGGGUCGUGGUCAUGCUGGAAGACCCAGCCACGACCCAUCUUCAAUGCUCUUACUGAGGGAAGGAGGUUGUUGGCCAAGAUCUCGCGAUACAUGGCCCCAUCCAUCCUCCCCUCAAUACGGUGCAGUCGUCCUGUCCCCUUUGCAGAAAAGCAUCCCCAAAGAAUGAUGUUUCCACCUCCAUGGUUCGCGGUUGGGAUGGUGUUCUUGAGGUUGUACUCAUCCUUUUUCUUCCUCCAAACACGGCGAGUGGAGUUUAGACCAAAAAGCUAUAUUUUUGUCUCAUCAGACCACAUGACCUUCUCCCAUUCCUCCUCUGGAUCAUCCAGAUGGUCAUUGGCAAACUUCAGACGGGCCUGGACAUGCGCUGGCUUGAGCAGGGGGACCUUGCGUGUGCUGCAGGAUUUUAAUCCAUGACGGCGUAGUGUGUUACUAAUGGUUUUCUUUGAGACUGUGGUCCCAGCUCUCUUCAGGUCAUUGACCAGGUCCUGCCGUGUAGUUCUGGGCUGAUCCCUCACCUUCCUCAUGAUCAUUGAUGGCCCACGAGGUGAGAUCUUGCAUGGAGCCCCAGACCGAGGGUGAUUGACCGUCAUCUUGAACUUCCUCCAUUUUUCUAAUGAUUGCGCCAACAGUUGUUGCCUUCUCACGAAGCUGCUUGCCUAUUGUCCUGUAGCCCAUCCCAGCCUUGUGAAGGUCUACAAUUUUAUCCCUGAUGUCCUUACACAGCUCUCUGGUCUUGGCCAUUGUGGAGAGGUUGGAGUCUGUUUGAUUGAGUGUGUGGACAGGUGUCUUUUAUACAGGUAACGAGUUCAAACAGGUGCAGUUAAUACAGGUAAUGAGUGGAGAACAGGAGGGCUUCUUAAAGAAAAACUAACAGGUCUGUGAGAGACGGAAUUCUUACUGGUUGGUAGGUGAUCAAAUACUUAUGUCAUGCAAUAAAAUGCAAAUUAAUUACUUAAAAAUCAUACAAUGUGAUUUUCUGGAUUUUUGUUUUAGAUUCCGUCUCUCACAGUUGAAGUGUACCUAUGAUAAAAAUUACAGACCUCUACAUGCUUUGUAAGUAGGAAAACCUGCAAAAUCGGCAGUGUAUCAAAUACUUGUUCUCCCCACUGUAGUAUGAAGAAGCAAUAAUCCAAGCCGCAGCUCCAUAGUACUCCAUUUUUAUGGAACAGUCUGCCUACCCAUGUGAGAGACGCAGACUCAGUCUCAACCUUUAAGUCUUUACUGAAGACUUAUCUCUUCAGUAGGUCAUAUGAUUGAGUGUAGUCUGGCCCAGGAGUGUGAAGGUGAACGGAAAGGCUGGAGCAACGAACAGCCCUUGCUGUCUCUGCCAGGCCGGUUCCCCUCUCCACUGGGGUUCUCUGCCUCUAACCCUGUUGCAGGGGCUGAGUCACUGGCUUGCUGGUGCUCUUUCAUGCCGUCCCUGGGAGGGGUGCGUCACUUGAGUGGGUUGAGUUACUGACGUGAUCUUCCUGUCUGGGUUGGCGCCCCCCCCCUUGGUUUGUGCUGUGGUGGAGACCUCUGUGGGCUAUACUCGGCCUUGUCUCAGGAUUGUAAGUUGGUGGUUGGGGAUAUCCCUCUAGUGGUGCGGGGGCUGUGCUUUGGCGGAGUGGGUGGGGUUAUAUCCUUCCUGUUUGGCCCUGUCCGGGGGUUUCUUCGGAUGGGGCCACAGUGUCUCCGGACCGCUCCUGUCUCAGCCUCCAGUAUUUAUGCUGCAGUAGUUUAUGUGUCGGGGGGCUGGGGUUAGUUGGUUAUACCUGGAGUACUUCUCCUGUCUUAUCCAGUGUCCUGUGUGAAUUUAAGUAUGCUCUCUCUAAUUCUCUCGUUCUCUCUUUCUCUCUGAGAACCUGAGCCCUAGGACCAUACGUCAGGACUACCGGGCAUGAUGACACCUUGCUGUCCCCAGUCCGCCUGGCCUUGCUGCUAUUCCAGUUUCAACUGUUCUGCCUGCGGCUACGAAACCCCUACCUGUCCCAGACCUGCUGUUUUCAACUCUUAAUGAUCGGCUAUGAAAAGCCAACUGAGAGACCUGAGCCCUAGGACCAUACGUCGGGACUACCGGCCGUGGUGACUCCUUGCUGUCCCCAGUCCGCCUGGCCUUGCUGCUAUUCCAGUUUAAACUGUUCUGCCUGCGGUUAUGGAACCCCUACCUGUCCCAGACCUGCUGUUUUCAAACUCUUAAUGAUCGGCUAUGAAAAGCCAACUGAGAUUUAUUCCUGAUUAUUAUUUGACCAUGCUUGUCACUUAUGAACAUUUUUGAACAUCUUGGCAUGGUUCUGUUAUAAUCUCCACCCGGCACAGCCAGAAGAGGACUGGCCACCCCUCAUAGCCUGGUUCCUCUCUAGGUUUCUUCCUAGGUUUUCGCCUUUCUAGGGAGUUUUUCCUAGCCACCGUGCUUCUACACCUGCAUUACUAGCUGUUUGGGGUUUUAGGCUGGGUUUCUGUACAGCACUUCGAGAUAUUAGCUGAUGUAAGAAGGGCUAUAUAAAAUAAAAUUGAUUGAUUGAUUGAUUGAUACUUGUUAGACAUAGUGAACUGAUAUUGUGUACUGGUUGCUUGGGUGGGAUUGGUGUGGUGGGUCCGUGGGUGGCUUUUGACCAUUUUUGGGGAUUCCUCAUGUCUUAAUCAUUGGUAGGAAGAAGUUUAGUCCAAUUCGGGUGUUGGGUACUAUAUUGAAUAUUAUAUGAAUCCUAUGAAUUAAAAUUGACAAUUUGGGUGCAAUCAAUUAGCUUAACUUCUCAGAGAUCUAAAAUAUUUCUCAAUAUUGCUCUAUGUGAUCUAUUUACAAACCCACCUGGCAUACUGUGUUAGUGUGCAUAGUGUGUUAGUUAGUGCAGUCAGUGCAUGUUAAAGACUUCCCUAGCCGUUCUCUUCCCUAGCCAUUCUCCAGUUCUGUCUGAGGGUAACAGUAGGGACAGCAAAACCCUUUUCACACUAGUAUUGUGGCAAUCUGAACCAUACUCUGCUAGGGCUGGCUUGGACAUUUAACUUUCACAUUUUCCUUUCCUAGCACGAUUCCAACAACUAUUGUGAAUGCGUAACCAUGCCGGCACGUCUCAUCAUAGGAGUGUGAGACGUGUAUAGCAUAGUGUGUGUGUGUAUAUGUGGCUCUGUGUGUGACUGUGUGUCUGUCUGUCAGUGGAGCCGAGCCAGCGCCGAGCUGGGCUUGCUGCUCAUCCACAUCAACCAUGGAUGAGAGUCAUCAUCAGUGAUGAGGGCUAAGAGGAGUGCUAUAUUAAGCCCUUAAAUCCUCGUUCAACACACAGGCAGGUAGCGCUCUGACUCCUGUCCUGCCCUGCAGCCUGCCCUGCACAGGAUAAACAGCACAUCGUACAUUCAUAAUCAUCUGCAUCCUUCAGAGAGCGUCAUGGUUGAAUGAUCUGGCACGGGGAUCACGUCUUGUCAGAGCCAGGGAGACACCAGAUAUGUUGACGAGGAGCAUUCGGGUAUCUAGCCUACAUUUGGCUGAUACAGUAGCUACAUACUAUGCAUAUACAGUAGCUGAAAUGUCUACCUCUCUCUGGUGCAGACUUUAAGAUUACGAUAGCAGGUUCCCUUUGACACCUCAUUAGCAUGCAUAGCCUAGCGUUAGCCUACCCCCACAGGCCUCCCAUAGAAGUAACUGCAGUCAGAUGGAGCUGGAGCAGAUAACAGAAGCUCAUGGAGAGCGAGUGUGACUGGUUAAGAAAGAUGCAGCCUGAGAGUGACUGUGUGUGGGAGGGGGGAAGGGAGGGAUGAUCCAUUAGACCAGAAUCGAUAAGAGCGGAAGAGUGAGUCAUCACUUGUGUCUGAGCUGCCUGCGACUGACUCUUUCUCCAAACCCACUGUUUUCAGGAUAUAUCAGGCUCACUAUCACGCUUGGGCUAUAUAGCAAUAGGAGUACACUUAUUUAUUUAUGUAGAAACUGUACACAUGCUGCAUUUCAGAUCACGUUGAUAGGGUCAUUUGCUUGCAAUACACACUAUCUACAGUAGGUCUCUUCACAGGACUCGUCUACAGAGAUCACUACCACAUCAUAACACACCUCGGUAAAGCAGCGCUGAUGGUUGCCUUGUUCCAUGAUACUGCUCUGACUGCUCAUUCGCUCAUCGUGUUGUCAAUGUUGUGUCUCCAAGUUCUUGGAGGUGAACAUGGGACGAUGCCACACCGAUGCCCUGUUCCAAUGCUUUCCAAAUGCAUACUUUUUUCCUCCCUUCCUUGGGAGAAAUUGUUGUGCUGACAUGAUAGGAUUUGUGAAAGCUAUGUUAUGGAUCCCUUGCUGUUGCCUAUUCAAUGGGGUGAGUUCACAGGAAGGAAGGAAGGAAUUUCAAAGUAUUGGAACACUGCCCCACUGUUCCAUUUUGCUUUCAGGACUUCCUGACUGACCUGAUGAUGUCAGAAGUGGAUCGCUGUGGGGAGAACGAACACCUGAUCUUCAGGGAGAACACGCUGGCCACCAAAGCCAUCGAGGAGUACCUUAAACUGGUGGGGCAGAAAUACCUGCAGGACGCACUAGGUAAGUAACACCCACACACACUAAAGGAGAGAGUGCUACCAUUACAGUAGAGAGAGAAAUGCUUUUAGUAGAGAGCGAAGGAGCCAUGAACACAUGGAAUAGACCUAUGAGUUGUACAUUAAGUAUCCUACAUCCAGGCUAGUAUCUGGCCGUCAGAGAAACUCCCUGUACUCUCCACACACAGUAGAUCUUCAAUUGACUAUUCAGAUCAAUAAUUCAUUCCAGUGUUUCUGGAAAGUGACUUUGUUUGAAGCCGUGUUGAAUGAUGCAGAAAGGCGGCCUGUCCUUGAAGGUUGACUGGCCCGAUUUAAAAGUAUGAAAAAGGAAUAGAAGUCUGUCAGAGAACUCAGGGCUCUUUCUUUAGUCGUCUAUCGACUGCGGGGUGGCGAGAAGAAAGAAACCUGUGAUUUAAAUCUGUGAUGUGAUGUCUAUGGCCGUGUACAAAUAGAGUCGAAAGGAAAUCAAUUCAAUAAAGGGAACAGUUUUUUUUUUUUGUUGCAUGUUUUGUCAUGCGUCACAGGAUAUUUAACUCGCCACAUUAUAAUGAUCCAGUGGUCCAUAAACAGUCAUAACAAAUAGCAGCAGCUGUUUUCUUAGUACAAUAAGUGGGUUUUCUAUCGGUGUGCAUGGCAUUAGCGUGUUCCAACUAGCAGAACUGUAGUCUUUAUGGAGUGAUUUUAGUGUAAAAAGAAAUUGAAUCUGAAUGCAAUUUCUUUUUCCAUUAAAACCACUCCAUAACUGUAAUCCUAUAUGUACUGUAGAUUGUAGUCCUAGACAUAGUAGUGACCCCAGGCCUGUGUGCUGUGCUGUGCUCCCUCCCUCUCUCUUCUAGGCGAGUUCAUCAAAGCCCUGUACGAGUCGGACGAGAACUGUGAGGUGGACCCGGGGAAGUGUUCCUCAGGAGACCUCCCUGAGCACCAGAGCAACCUGAAGAUGUGCUGUGAGCUGGCCUUCUGCAAGAUCAUCGACUCCUACCGGUAAAUACAAACACACACCCCUCCCCCUCUCUGCCAAUGCAAGUAGCUAGCAUUAGCCCUCAUACUCUACUAUCAAGUUGUCCAUCUUUCAGAGCUUUCACAAUUAUCGAAUCAAUAAUGAAUGCAUGAAUUGUGCAAAAGGUUAAGUCAAAAACAACAUGGCGGUAUUGUAUUUAGCGGUAACAUUUCCUUCCCUACCAAUGUUUCCAUGCAGUGUUUUUCCGCGGGAGCUGAAGGAGGUGUUUGCCUCGUGGAGGCAGGAGUGCAGCAGUCGGGGCCGGCCGGACAUCAGCGAGCGUCUGAUCAGCGCCUCUCUGUUCCUGCGCUUCCUGUGUCCGGCCGUCAUGUCCCCGUCGCUUUUCAAUCUGAUGCAGGAGUACCCAGACGACCGCACUGCGCGAACCCUCACGCUCAUCGCCAAGGUCACACAGAACCUCGCCAACUUCACCAAGUAAGUGCGGGUGUGUGUACUUGUGCGUGUGUACGAGUGUGUGUGUGUGUGCAUACGUGUGCGCAUCCAUGAAAAUAUACAUGUGUAUACAGUGAGGGAAAAAAGUAUUUGAUCCCCUGCUGAUUUUGUACGUUUGCCCACUGACAAAGACAUGAUCAGUCUAUAAUUUUAAUGGUAGGUUUAUUUGAACAGUGAGAGACAGAAUAACAACAACAAAAUCCAGAAAAACGCAUGUAAAUUUUUUUAUAAAUUUAUUUGCAUUUUAAUGAGGGAAAUAAGUAUUUGACCCCUCUGCAAAACAUGACUUAGUACUUGGUGGCAAAACCCUUGUUGGCAAUCACAGAGGUCAGACGUUUCUUGUAGUUGGCCACCAGGUUUGCACAAAUCUCAGGAGGGAUUUUGUUCCACUCCUCUUUGCAGAUCUUCUCCAAGUCAUUAAGGUUUUGAGGCUGACGUUUGGCAACUCGAACCUUCAGCUCCCUCCACAGAUUUUCUAUGGGAUUAAGGUCUGGAGACUGGCUAGGCCACUCCAGGAGCUUAAUGUGCUUCUUCUUGAGCCACUCCUUUGUUGCCUUGCCCGUGUGUUUUGGAUCAUUGUCAUGCUGGAAUACCCAUCCACGACCCAUUUUCAAUGCCCUGGCUGAGGGACGGAGGUUCUCACCCAAGAUUUGACGGUACAUGGACCCGUCCAUUGUCCCUUUGAUGCGGUGAAGUUGUCCUGUCCCCUUAGCAGAAAAACACCCCCAAAGCAUAAUGUUUCCACCUCCAUGUUUGAUGGUGGGGAUGGUGUUCUUGGGGUCAUAGGCAGCAUUCCUCCUCCUCCAAACACGGCGAGUUGAGUUGAUGCCAAAGAGCUCCAUUUUGGUCUCAUCUGACCACAACACUUUCACCCAGUUCUCCUCUGAAUCAUUCAGAUGUUCAUUGGCAAACUUCAGACGGGCCUGUAUAUGUGCUUUCUUGAGCAGGGGGACCUUGCGGGCGCUGCAGGAUUUCAGUCCUUCACGGUGUAGUGUGUUACCAAUUGUUUUCUUGGUGACUAUGGUCCCAGCUGCCUUGAGAUCAUUGACAAGAUCCUCCCGUGUAGUUCUGGGCUGAUCCCUCACCAUUCUUAUGAUCAUUGCAACUCCAUGAGGUGAGAUCUUGCAUGGAGCCCCAGGCCGAGGGAGAUUGACAGUUCUUUUGUGUUUCUUCCAUUUGCGAAUAAUCGCACCAACUGUUGUCACCUUCUCACCAAGCUGCUUGGCCAUGGUCUUGUAGCCCAUUCCAGCCUUGUGUAGGUCUACAAUCUUGUCCCUGACAUCCUUGGAGAGCUCUUUGGUCUUGGCCAUGGUGGAGAGUUUGGAAUCUGAUUGAUUGAUUGCUUCUGUGGACAGGUGUCUUUUAUACAGGUAACAAGCUGAGUUUAGGAGCACUCCCUUUAAGAGUGUGCUCCUAAUCUCAGCUCAUUACCUGUAUAAAAGACACCUGGGAGCCAGAAAUCUUUCUGAUUGAGAGGGGGUCAAAUACUUAUUUCCCUCAUUAAAAUGCAAAUCAAUUUAUAACAUUUUUGACAUGUGUUUUUCUGGAUUUUUUUGUUGUUAUUCUGUCUCACUGUUCAAAUAAACCUACCAUUAAAAUGAUAGACUUAUCAUUUCUUUGUCAGUGGGCAAAUGUACAAAAUCAGCAGGGGAUCAAAUACUUUUUUCCCUCACUGUAUGUGUUUGUCUGAUGAAAAUAGCAUAAUUCCCCUCUGUUUUGGUUUUUGUUUCUUUGUCUGUCCAGGUUUGGUAACAAGGAGGAGUACAUGUCCUUUAUGAACCAGUUCCUGGAGCACGAGUGGACCAACAUGCAGCGCUUCCUUCUGGAGAUCUCCAACCCAGAGACCAUUUCCAACACGUCAGGGUUCGAGGGUUACAUUGACCUGGGCCGCGAGCUCUCCACCCUGCACUCCCUGCUGGCAGAGACCGUCUCUCAGCUGGACCAGGUACCAGGAUUACAACACACUGCUUUGAUUUACUCUCACAAUACUCACUACUUUCUGCGAACAGAGCUACCGGAAAUCAGUCCUUUUCAAUGGGCUUAACAUAAAGAUGCUAGGAUAGCAGUCUAUUGUGAACGUACAGAUUUUAUAUGUGAAAAGACAUGUUACUAAAUAAUGAGUUCUCAGGAAUUGCAUGAGACAUAUGCAUGGUAGAAAUUGUAAAGAAGUAUACUUCACGUUAUUAUUUUGUGUCCCUGCAGAGCACAGCCUCUAAGCUGGGUCCACUGGCCCGUAUCCUGCGGGACGUGAACUCAGCACUGACCAACCCGUCUGGGGUCCAGGUGUCUACCCCCACGGAGCGUAUGGGCUCCCCCCCCCUUCCCCUCCCCCUGGCAGGCUGCAGCCUCUCCACCGGCCUGCCUCUCCACAAGAUGGUCAUGGACAGCGAGCUUUCUGGGUAAGGGGGCCACAGUGGCAUUCUAAUGAUAUAGUGCUAUUUGUGCUUCGUUCUUUGGGAACCACAAGGAUAUUGUCUUUACAGUGUCUCCGGUCAAAACAAAAUGUAUCUCAUUUUUCACUGUUGUCUUGGUACAGGUUGGUUGAUUUUACGAGGCUGCCGUCGCCAACCCCAGAGAACAAGGACCUAUUCUUUGUGACGAGGAACUCUGGCAUCCAGCAGUCUCCAGCCAGAAGCUCCAGUUACUCAGAGGCCAACGAGGCUGAGGUGCAGCUCCCCAAUGCCAGCAAGAGUCUAUCCAUGGUGGACCUACAAGAUAGCCUCAGCCUGGAGAGUACCCCUGGCCCCCGCCCUGCCUCCCCCAGCGACAUGCUCCUCAAUGACUGCCAGUCUCCCGUCACCCCUGGGCCAGGGGGCUGGGCCGCCCGCACCCCUCAGGGCAUUAUCCCCGGACCCACCCUCAGGAGAACGGGUCAGACCCCCACCAACCCUAGCACAGAGAGCAGCACCCCGGGUCCAGGGAGGCCCUCCCAGCUCCUGACCCCGCUCUCAUUCCAGAACCCCGUUUACCAGAUGGCCACGGGCAUGACCAUGAGCGUGUCCCCGCGGGGUCCCCUGGCCGAUUCAGGCUCCGAGGGCCACAGCUCUCACAGCUCUCAGGGCAACAACACAGAGGACGCCCCCAAGCAGCAGGGGGUAUUCCUCACCCAAGGGGUGGCAGUCGGGAGCGCGGGAGGCAGCAGCAGUGAGGACUUUGCGCGGCGCUCAGGGGAGUUCACAACCCGCCGCCAGCUGGUCCUCAUGGAACCCCCGCGGCAGAACAGCUCCGGACCCCAGCGCAGGAUAGACCAGCCCCCUCCGCCAGUCACCAGGGGCAGGACGCCGCCAAACAUGCUCCAGACGGCCUACCCCGUGCCGCGGCCCUCCAGCGGCAGCAUGAUGUCAUCUCCCGACUGGGGGCCCAGUGGCGGCACCCGGUUGAGACAGCAGUCGUCCUCGUCCAAAGGGGACAGUCCUGAGACCAAGCAGCACACCCUGCACAAAGUGAGUAGAGCAUGUCAUGUGUAUGUGUGGGGGGGGGGGGGGGGGGCUGUGGCUGUGGCUGUGUGUGGUCUCACUAUGAUCCUGGACGGCCACUGUGUCUGGUGGCUUUUAUUAGAGAUAAGCUCUUGGUUGACUAACCACUUAAUAUCUAUCUAGCCAGAGUUUGGAUUGCAUGUACUCGUGCUGCAGGUAGGAAAUAAUAUUCUGAUGAGGAGUAUCUCUCCAUAACCAAUGGCUGAUCUACAGAAUAAUAAACCCAGCUCUGCUAGCCUAACUUCAUCUGUGGCCUAGAGGGAUGAGCCAGGCAGGAUAUGACCUCGGGUGGAGGUAUCCAGCUCACAGUCACAGUGGUGGGUGGAGAGGGUAUGUAUGGAGAGCCCAACUGGCCUCAAUAAGCUAUCAUAACACUCGGCCUUGCUGAGCCAAUAGCAAAUCACCCAGGGCAGUGAGCCACAGGCAGUACCCUAACAAGCGUCAACGCUGGAGCCUGCUAACGGACUAGACAAACAUAAUUAAUUGUGUGACUGUGGACACCGGAGUGGUUAUUAAAUGCCUGUUCCGCCCAACUAAAUCAUUUUUGUUGGUGGUCUGAAUAAAUCCUCCUUAUAAAAUGAUCAAGCAUUUGUCAACUGAACCCCCGCCCCCCUCCCCUUCGUAAUAUUUAGAAUUAAAACAAAACAAGUGUCCUACUCUAUUUUGGGCUUGAUCUCUGUGGGUGUGUGUGGCAGUCUCCAGGUCCCAAUCAGAGUAGAAGGGGUUAUUAGAGAACAAACCAGGGGGGCAGGUGAAAAGACUGGUUUAACAUACAGACUAAAGGAACCGUUUUGCUUUUAAACAAAUAAAUUCAAACAAUGAUUAAAAUCUUCUUUAGACAAUUCCAGAAGGACAAUGCAAAACAAGCAUCCCUGUGCCUUCCCACUUGCUUCACAGUUGUUCCUCUAAAUCCCCCUAGCUGAAUACACUGGCUCUCCUCUACUCCUCUGUAGACACUUCUCAUUGUAGCUUGUGAUCUUCAACAUGCAACAUUAGUUUACCCUGCCGCGCUUCUUUUCCAUUACUUACCAGAAGGCUUGUGUGUUUGCUCCACCAGGCGCCUUCCCCUGUGAACCCCAAUGCCCUGGACCGCACUGCUGCCUGGCUGUUGAAUAUGAAUGUGCAGUAUUUAGACCAUGAGGGACUUGACCCUGAUACCAAGCACAGGGAAGACCUUCGAAACAAAGAGGAGCUCACUCAAACUGAAAAGGUAACUAACGUCUAGCCUCUUGUAAAACCUAGCAUCUGCUACAGCACCACAUCACAGCAUCAUUCAGCACAGCUACUUACAGACAUCUUUAUUAUUUUAUAGGAGAAGCAGAAAGUCAUAAAAGAUUAAUGUUUAACAUGAGCAAUUAAUACGUGAUUCUAGGGUUGUUAUUGAUUGCCAACAAUGAAGUGAUUGGGUUGCGGAGCCAUAAGCAAAGACAUAACAAAGACUCUGUAUCUCUCCCUACUAGCAGGCCUGUCCAUGAUUUGAAUUCAUGUGAAUAUUGAAGGUUAAAUGCUGCUUAAAUGGUAUGGAAAAUGAUAGUGUGUGUGCAGAGAGAUGCUCCAUGAUAUAUACUGGUAGUGUAAUGAUAGUAUUGUAUACGAGUUGAAUUAGCCUCUAUUCUGAUGUUGUUUAAAUGUAGGUAGACAGGUGGGGUUAGGCUGAACUGCUCGUACUGCAGCUCAAGAGAGGCCAUAUCUCAAAAGACAGUGGUGACAAUUCAAGUGUACCCUCCCUCUGACAAUUUUCCUAGCUACUCCACUGAAUUAUACACCAGCAACAUAUUGCACUCGCACACACGUUUUCAUCACACACAUACACAAAUUAAUGGUUUUCAACUUAUAGAUAGACAACUUUUCUUUUCAAGAGGUGUUUUAGUGAUUGUUUUAGUGUGACUUUUUUUUAUAGAUAGACAACUUUUGUUUUCAAGAGGUGUUUUAGUGAUUAUUUCAAAGAUGUUAGGUCUGCCAAAGAUGGAACCAAUCACUGUCCUUUUAAAGCGAUAGUGGUGAUUCUUACAAAUCAAACAGCUGUUUAUUAUUUUGGUCAAUUACUAACAAUACAUCCCCUUUAUAAAAUCGUUAGUUGAAGGGCCCUUUUUAAUAGGUUUGUAUUUAAAUCCCAUUUGACUUAAGAGGUUGAUCAUGCAGCUUGUUUACUGCUGUGGGAUGUAUUAGUUUAUAUCUGUUCUGAAUUCACUUGCUUGCAGAAUUUCCUAGAGAGAGCAGAAAUGUACCUAAAAGCUUUGCAGGAUCCUGCAUUUGAACCCAGUUGGCUUUUCACAGCAUGACUAGAAGCUGUAUUUGUAUUUAUUAUGGAUCCCCAUUAGCUGCUGCCAAGGCAGCAGCUACUCUUCCUGGGGUCCAGCAAAAUUAAGGCAGUUAUACAUUUUGAAAACAUUACAAUACAUUCAUAACAGGUUUCACAACAUAUUAAGUGUGUGCCCACAGGCCUCUACUCUACUACCAUUUACAUUUUACAUUUUAGUCACUUAGCAGACGCUCUUAUCCAGAGUGCAUACAUUUUUAUACUGGCCCCCCAUGGGAAUCGAACCCACAACCCUGGCGUUGCAAACGCCAUGCUCUACCAACUGGGCUACAUCCCUGCCGGCCAUUCCCUCCCCUACCCUGGACGACGCUGGGCCAAUUGUGCGCCGCCCCAUGGGUCUCCCGGUCGCGGCCAGCUACAACAGAGCCUGGAUUCGAACCAGGAUCUCUAGUGGCACAGCUAGCACUGCGAUGCAGUGCCUUAGACCACUGCGCCACUUGGGACCCCACAUAUCUAUAACACAAAAUCCAUGUGUACUCGUGUGUUUGUAUGCAUGUGCCUAUGUUUGUGUUGCUUCACAGUCCCCGCUGUUCCAUAAGGUGUAUUUUUAUCUGUUUUUUAAAUCUAAUUUUACUGCUGGCAUGAGUUACUUGAUGUGGAAUAGAGUUCCAUAUAGUCAUGGCUCUAUGUAGUACUGUGCGCCUCCCAUAGUCUGUCCUGGACUUGGGGACUGUGAAGAGACCUCUGGUGGUAUGAGAAUGACAGGUGUGUUUGCGUGCGUUUGGGCAUGCACGUAUGUGCGCGAAUGUGUAUGUUGUCACUGACUCACCACGGCCAAUCUGUCCUGUGUCCAGUACCAGCAGGAGAUCGCCAUCCUGCAGGAUAAACUGCGUCUGUCAGCCAAGAAGCUGGAGGAGUAUGAGUGUCACUUGAAGGGCCAGGACGAGCAGACCCAGAAGAUGCUGUUGGAGUACCAGGCGCGCCUGGAGGACACGGAGGAGCGCCUGCGCCGGCAGCAGGACGACAAGGAGCUCCAGAUGAAGAGCAUCAUCACCAGGUGGGGUGUCCUCUACCUACCAGUGGAGGCUGGUGUCACUUCAAAUCAGAGGACAGGUUAAUUGUGGCUUUUUUUAAUGGCUGUAAUUAGGGUCAUGGAAUUUUGAAUUAAAUGUUAUUGGUCACGUCCACAUAUUUUGCUGAUUGUAUCGGGGUGUAGCGACAUGCUUAUGUUCCUAGCGCCAACAGUGCAGUAGUACCUAACAGUACAAAAUAACAUACGCAAAUAAAUAAAAAAUCAAGAAAGGAAUUAAGAAAUAUUACAAUAAGCAAUGUCAGAGUCCGGAAUAUAAAUAUAUGUGUAUAUGAUGGUGUGUCUAUAGACAUUAUGGACAGUAUAUGACUAGAAAAGGUGUGUACAGCAGUAGUUAUAUAGGAUGGGCCUUGACUAGAAUACAGUAUAUACAUAUGAAGUGACCAGUGUUCAAUGACUAUGUACAUAGGGCAGCAGUCUCUAAGGUGCAGGGUUGAGUACCAGGUGGUAGCCGGCUAGUAACAGUGACUAAAGUUUGGGGUACUGGCCGGCUAGUGGUGACUAUUAAACAGUCUGAUGGCGGUAAUUGGCCAGACUUUUUUUUUUUUUUUACGGUUAUUUUAUUUUUAUGAUGGUCUUCAUCCAUAACCGUUGGUUACACGGUUAUACAGUAAUUGUGCCAGCUCUAGCUGUAAUGGAAUAAAUGGAACAGUUCCAGCCACUGCGAUGAGCCAUCCUCCCUUCACCAGUCCCCACGGUUCUCUGCCUACACUAACUCACUAUGAACUAUGUAAUAUGGUCCUGGUUUUGUGUACAAAAAAAAAUACGUAUUAUUUGUUGUGUUGUCGGUGCUAUGCAUCGAGAAGAUAAAUGUAAUAUUUUUAACAUCACUAUAAUAAAAAAAUCAGUCAACAACUCCAGCUUUCACCAGCCACCGGUACAAACAUAUCUUUGUUACUGUUUCAGGCUGAUGUCUGUUGAGGAGGAACUGAAGAAAGAUCAUUCGGAUAUGCAAUCGAUAGUGGACUCAAAACAGAAGAUCAUUGAAGCCCAGGUGAGUGCUUAGUGUACACGAGAGAUGAAUUGGCUGUAUCAGCAAUUACAGUUCCACAACUGUGAAUAUACUGUAUUUACUGAAAUACUGUAUUCACAGAUUUACUGUAUGUCAGACUAAGGUCUUGAAGAGGACAGCGCCCUCUGGUGUAAAAACAAUGUAAACGACCUCAGAUUGAAAAUGAAAGUCCAGCUCCAUGCAAAAAAAAACAAGUAACUGGAAUUACUGUAACAAGUACAGUAUGGACUGUACGUGGACAAUACGUGUCUGAAACAUUCCCUUUCUGUUCACAAUAGUGGCUGCUUGUUUUGAUUAGGUCGUGUUGGUCUACUGAGGAGCUACAGUUUAUCAGCAAUAUUAUGAAGGUUUCAUUGGAUUGUGUGAGAAUGUGUAACAAUACUAACCCUCCUCUUCUCGUCAUCCGUUGGUCCUUCUCUUCCUCCCUCCCCUCUCCUCCUCACUCUGCAGGAGAAACGCAUUGCCUCUCUGGACUCGGCCAACGCCCGACUGAUGAGCGCUCUGACCCAGCUGAAGGAGCGCUACAGCAUGCAGACACGCAACGGCAUCUCCCCCACCAACCCCAGCAAACUCCAGAUCACUGAGAACGGAGAGUUCAGGAACAGCAGCAACUGCUAG